AUGUUACGCGGAGCACUUAAACACACGGCCGUCCAUCUUAACCACAUCACAGUUCUCCUAUGCUUUUCUUUUUGGAUAGUGAAAGGCUGACAAGACAAGUAGACGUUGUUUGCGAAACAGAAUUUACCCUAAGAAUUUAAAAACAAAAUAUGUUCUAAAUUCUGCCUUUUGAAACGAUUAGAACCGGAAAUUAACACAUAUUUUAAAUUUCGUGCUGUAACUGUCACUGUUUGUUUCUGAAGACAAUUUCAAAUUUUUAAAGUACAACUCGCAACUUAAAACCCACCAAGGCCACUAUUUUAUGGUUUUUCUGACAAUUAACAAUGUAAAAUUCGCCAGCAUUUUCAAGUGGCUUUUCGUUCUCAUUACUAUAAUUCUUUCCUUCAGACUAGCCUUUUUAAAAGCGGAAAUGAAACCAUACUACAGAAAGCAACUGGACAGGGUGCGUUAUCUGCUACCAGCGGAACCUUGAACGUUACUCUUCUUGGUGAUGAAUGGGGUUCAUCUGCUGGUGGGUUGUCAACAAUAAACAGAGAGCUUGCUAUUCACCUUUCCCAGCAGUCAGGAGUAAAUGUAUCUCUAUUGUGUCCAGAAAAAGCUUGCAGCACUGAAGAAAUAAGAGAAGCUGAUGGCUAUGGAAUCACCAUUGUUGAGGCGAAAGAACGUGCAGCAUAUGAUCGUCUUGAUUGGUUGAGCAUCCCACCCCAGGACCACUUGAUGGACAUCGUUGUUGGUCAUGGUGUUAAACUUGGUCGGCAAGUACAGUUCAUCAGAGAAUCUGCUCGAUUUCCAAAUUGCAAGUGGGUACAAGUGGUUCACACUGCUCCAGAGGACCUGAGCAGAUACAAAUGCUACAGUGACCCCAUUUCAAAAGGUGAAACAAAACAAGAAUCAGAAGUUGAACUUUGCAGACUUGCUGACAUUGUUGUGCCUGUGGGACCCAGGCUUAAAGAAGCAUACUCUUCAUAUUUGCAGCGAUGUAAGACAGAUCACGAAGUUUUGUCCAUUACUCCAGGCCUUUUCCAAAGGGAGUUUGGGGAUUUAACGCAAACCACUAAUGAGAAUGCUGAAUUUAAAGUACUGCUAAUUGGUCGUGGAGAUGUUGAGGACUUUGAACUGAAGGGAUACAACAUUGCUGCUCAAACAUUUACUGAUCAACGGCUAAAAAACAAACCUUUCCAUCUAAUAUUUGUCGGAGCGCCUGAAGGAAAGCAAGAAGACGUUAGAGACAAACUCCGUCAACGUGGUAUUGCAGAAGCACAGUUGACUGUGAGAAAAUUUGUACAAUGUAGAGAGAGACUGAAAGAUUUGUUGUGUGAAGUUGACCUUGCCAUCAUGCCAUCAAAAUCGGAGGGAUUUGGUCUUGUCGCACUUGAGGCCUUGUCUGCAGGUUUACCCAUUCUUGUUGGUUGUAAGUCAGGAUUUGCCAAAACAUUAGAAAAUGUUCCAAAUGGUUAUUCAUGCAUCGUCAAUUCAGAUGAUCCAGCAGAGUGGGCAAAAGCAAUAGAAGCUGUUCGUGUCAGGCAUCGAAUGCGGUUGGAAGAGAUUAAAGCACUAAGAACCUCGUAUGGGGAGAUGUACAGUUGGAAGGAGCAAUGUGAAGCCCUUGUGAACAGACUCUGGAAAAUGAGUCAUGGUACGAAAUAUACCCUUUUACAAUCCUAAACGAUUACUUUCCUAAGAAAUCACCUUCCAGUGUUGUUAUAUAAAAUGCUACUGAAGGACACCAUUCAAAGACAGUAAGUUUUAUGUUGGGCAGUGACAAUCAUGCAAAAAUAAAAUUGGCUACUUGAAAUUUUGAGAUGCCUGCUUUUCCUUUAUAAUAAUGUACCUCAAAGCCUGAAAGAGCUGACUGUAUAACCGGAUACGAACCGUUUUGGAAUGUAAUCUUAAAAUGGAUCUAUAGCGCUUUAAAAAGUUAUGAUGUUUAGUAGCAUGCUUUACCAUCGAAUCGACUCUGAAUUCCUAUUGCUUCUUGAGCUUAAAUGUUUUGUGCACACCUUUUAAAAUUGUAUUAGAAGUUGUCAAAGUGGAUUUAAAUACAUGAAAAGCUCUAUGACUUUUAGAAUAAGGGUCUCCACAACAUUAAAGGAACACAGUUGUCGUCACGGACUUGGUUCCUCAUGGGUGGUUGUGGGUGGUGGAGAUGUGAAUGGCUUACAAAAACGUAUAUACAUUAUUUUGUAAAAAGCUUGUAUUAAAUGCUUGUUCUAUGAACAGUUCGGUGCUAAGCCAUUGUUCAGAUCCGGGAAUGCUGGGUUUUGUAAAUUGAUUAUUAACUAUACCUCAAUAUAACGAACAUUUUUGUUGUCUUCUCGAAAAUUCGUUAAAUCGAGGUGUUCGGUAUAACGAACCCUCGAUACAACUAACAAAUUUCCCCAAUCCCUUGGCACUUCGUUAAAUGGAGGUUCUACUGUAAUCGCCGACUGUUUUCGUCCAUUUUUUUUCACAGAGGCGGAUUCUUUAAAGGCAGCGAACUCCUUGGAAACAAAGCGCCAGGCUUUUCAUGGGACGGAAAGCAUAACAGUGGACCAUAAAGGUAUUGUGAAAGACUUAUAAUCAAUGAAAUCGCGGGUGAUGUUGCCUAUGAACGAGUGUUCAUCAGCAAAAGGGAUUCUGUGUGGUACAUACCUGUACAUGCUUAAGUACACAUAACUUUACACACGUAAUUGAUACAUGUAUAAGAUGUGGUUUAAACGUUGGACAUCACAUGUGCCGGACUGAAUGCAUAAACUAUUUUACUACUAAAUAAAUAUAGCAGUACACGGUGCUCUUCCUUUUUAUCUAUCGAGCCAUCUGGGAAGAAUAAUUAAAGCACAUUCACAAUAUCAAUCUUCAUAUACACACUACCUCGUUGCUGAAAAGUCUUAACGUUUUUUACCUAUAUUUAAACUGAAGUAGUGGAAAUUGUGAAAUUACUCAAUAAAAAAAUUCCCCACCUCUUAGCAGACCUUUGAUGAAAAUAUUCCACACUGACUGACUGAGCCUUAUGUUUCAAUGAAAUUGUUUUUCGUAACCAUGGUUUGUUUUCGCAGAGCCUUUUAUGGAAAAAGACAGUAAGCCAAGAAUGUUCUCCCAUGUUGGCGAGAAGCUCGUUUCAGAAACGUUUGUUGAUAGUAACUGUCAGAAAAAAACUGAUGCUGUACCAGGAAAUCAAACUAAAAUAUUUACAGUUAACGUCUCUCAGUCUCAAAACAGCCGUAAGCGUAAAAAUUCAGAAUCUUCUGGUGAUCCAGGUAAACAAUAACAUGAUUUGUUUUCCUUGCUAUUGCCUACUAGUUUAUCUGUAAAGAAUAGAGUAAUUGUUAGGUUACCCAAAGGUGCAUUUUUCCACAGAACUUGUUACCGUUACGCUGUAAUAGUAUAGUGUAUGUAGUGUAAUUCAUUACCCAUUUUAUUUACCAACUCUGGUUUAACGCCACAUUUUAUCCUGGAUUCCGAGAAUACUUCAAAUCUUGUAGCCUUAGAAAACAGCCGACGUGUCACUACCGUGACAUCAGUAUGGAACUAAUUUCCGUGUUCGUUCUGUUUCUCAGACGUCAUUUCGUAAAGGAACAAGGCCGGGGUGUCGUCGCGAAAUGUCGGCUGUUUUCUGAGGGUACAAAUCUGGGAACCAAUGCAAGGUGUUGACUUUCGAGCGAUGUAUAGUAUUCUAGAAUACGUUUCUCGCGAUAUUUUGGGUUUCAUUAAUAAAGACAUUUAUUUCUCGGCGCGUUUUCUAUGUUUCAGAAAUUACUACAAAGCAUUUUUUUCAAGACCUUAAUGAUGAAAAGAGUAAAGUAGUCCACGAUACUUUACAACGACAAAUACAAUUGUACUUCCAACAUCGUAUCAUUGCAACCCCAGAAGGAGUGUCUGGCCUGAUUGAAUAUAUAAAGGGAACGCACAACAUGGCCUUGCAAUCUGUGGGUAUAGGAUCUCUAGAAAUAACAUUUCGGUGCCCCUCCUUGGAGAGCCUUGAAAGUUUGUGGAGUGACUAUCAGUCUGGUCACCUUAAUGACGUUGCCGAGAGAUACCUUGUGACUGAUGACAUAAAGAAGAAACUGAACUUGGAGAGUAUCGGGCUGGAGACAACUAUUGAAGAAGAAAACUACCUGAUUUGUAAGGAACUUCUAUUGGAAAAAUCAUGUAAGCCUGAAAGCUCUUUAUAAGAAAUUGACUUCAAUUUAAACUGUUAAAACUAGAAGUUCUCAUUGAGAAGGGAAGUACUGCCGUUAGUUGCGAUGCGAAUAGGACAAAGGCAGUAUGUAAAACAGUUUAGCAUAUGAAUUUUUAACUUAGACUUGUUAGAAUUAUGAAGCACUCAGAGCGAAAUAUAAAAAAUGAACCGAACACAAAUGACAAAUAUCCUUACAUUCAGAUAACUCGUUUCAAUAUGAUUUUGUAAUUCAUUUUAAUCAUUCACUAAAUGCUAAAACAACGGCAGUGCUGAUAGGCUGUUUCUUUAUCGAACAACCCAUGUAAUCUUUGGUCGCAUCGCUGACGAUCAUCGCACACAAAUAGCGAGGAGAGUUGUGAAGGCCAGAACUUGUUAAUUCACAGGUCAGGUAGACGUACAGCACAUGCCGUUCACCUAUUUAACUUACAAUCCUGAUUCCCGAGAUAACAAUCUGUGUGACAAAAGAAUAGUGUACUCGCUAUAACUAAUCUUGAAAAAUAUAAACCGAGAAAAAAAAUGUUCAGUACAAUACUUCUUGAACUGUUCUUACCGUUUGGGCCGUUAAAAAGGCAGCAAACAUCCGAUGGACUACGAUUUCUGGCGCACUGAUCUUAUUUAAAUACCGGGAACAAAACAAAAUGGCGGGUUACUCCAAAGAGAAAAACAGGCGCCGCAGCUACGCACUUUUAAACAAACCGCCCACUGCAAAGCGCUACAGUCACAGACUGAUUGAACAUCGAACCAUUGAACCAAAAAUCUCAAAUCGCUCAAGAAUAUGGUCUGCCGGCUAAUGUCCGGCAGCAACAAUUGAAAACUGAAAUCAGUGACCUGAGAAUACAAUUUGCUCACAGAAGGCCACAAUAGACCUUUUUACGGAUUCGGCGGCCAUAUUGAAUUAAUUCGAUUUAAGGAGUAUUAUAGGAUGCCCAGGGGGCAUUAGCACAUUUGUUUGUAUUUUCGAGCGCUUUUAAGGACAUUUUUUCUUAAAGUUUUCUUAGAAUAAGAUUGUAAUGGGAAAAAAGAUCUUUGUACCGCGUUUGGAUGUAAUAAUGAUAGCCUUUUUUUCCGAGAAAUAUACAGUGAAAGAUUAUAUUUCUAAUGCUAAACUAGAAAAAGGCGACCAUUAUUACCUCCAAACACGGCACAAGGAUCUUUUUUCCCAUUACAAUCUUAUUCUAAGAAAACUUUGAGAAAAAAUAUCCCGAAAAGCGCUCGAAAAUACAAACGAAAUGUGCUCAUGCCCCCCGGGCAUCCUAUAAUACUCCUCCAAUCGAAUUAAUUCAAUAUGGCCGGCGUAUCGGUAAAAAGGUCUACAGGUUACCUUUUCUACUUAAAACCCUGAUAAAAAUGCUGUUUUUUGUUAUAGCCUCUGCUGCAUUUCUACAGCAACUAUCUUAGAUCAAAAGAGUCAUAGGUCAGUUGCAAGGGGGAGGGGGUCUUAAAUACGCGAACAAUAGAAAAUCUCCCAAGCUUGUUAUUACUUUCCUGAAACUGUUUGCAAUAAAUUGACAGUGCAUGAGAAAUUAGUUGACCUCGAUAAAAAUUCACGGCAAAGAAGAAAUAAAAACGUCAUGUUUACAGUGUAUAAUUGCUCUCAGUUGAAUUCUUUGGAUUCUCAUAUUUCCUCUCAAACGUAAAAUCAGGCCAGCAAGUGAAACAGGUGAAUGUUUGUAUAGGGUUUACACUUUUCAUGUUGCGUACAGUACUUUUACCUGCUGUGAGUAUUAUUUUUGUAACAGUACAUUCACACUAGAUAUGUUAUUUAGUAGUGAUUUGUCUCUUUCAGCCGAAUCAGAUCAAGAGACAGCUUCACUAACAAUUGACAAAAGCCCAGAUAAAUGUGAGGUAGGCCGCUUUGUACAUACGAUUAAAACUGAAAAUAGGUAAAGACCUAGAAGAUAAAAAAUCGAGCAGUGCGUCUUGGCUGGUUGUUAAAGUAUCGAGCCCCAUAGCUAAGAAAACUUCGUUAUCUGUCCACAGCCAAAAUUUUUAGUAGCCACUUUACACUGCAGUGUUAAGGGAAUGGUAAUGAAAAUAUGUUCAUCGCGUCAGUCUUAUUUUAUGAGGGUUGUAAUCUGCCUUUUUGUUUUUGCGCAAAGCGAUCGCGAGCGGAGCCCCGUAGCUAAGAAAAUUCGGUUGUUUAUCCACAGCCAAAAUUUUAGUAGUCACUUGACCGUACGUUUGCCCGUCUGUCUGUACCACAGGGAAAGCAAUGUAAAUUGUCACUCUCUCUGGCUAGUAUGGGAGCCUGCAACCUGAUAUUGCACAUAUAUGUUGUGGUGAAUUGACAGCUGUCAAAACAGGGUAUCCACUGAUCGAAUUUACUGAUACUGAUCAGUAUCACAUGACUAUGUCGUGGGCUUAGUUGUCGACCCAUCAUGGACAGGCGUUUUUUUUUUUGAGUUCUCCGCUGAAAAGGUACUAGUUCUCAACUGAUGGCAGGCUCAUUUCUUUGCAAUGGUUACAAAAUAAUUGUUUGAAGUAAAUAUAAUAGUUACAUGAGAUUCGUCUUUAGCCUCGGCUAAAUCUUUAUAUUGACUCAAUUAAAGUAUCAUUGUUUUCUAAAACCAUAAGACAACUUUGAAAAGAAAGUUUCGCUAGGUAGCUUUUAAUUAGUUGGAUGUCCUAUUUUGUCCGUAGAAGUGCUUCUUUAUAAAACUUUCGGCUUUUAAAAUAUUGCAGAACCGUUUAUAAAUAUAGUUGUUAAUCAUUCUAGGACAAGAAACAGGUCCUGACCCAUACGCAGAGAGCCGAGAAGGCAAAAGUAAGUUCAGUGAGAUAUGUAUUGUAGUGCGCGCUCUUUGUGCAUUACACUUGAUGAAAGAUUGGAAAAUGCCAAAUUGAUAACCGGCUGAGUUUGAUUAGUGUACAAGUCGUUACCACUUGGGCAUUUUCGGCAGGCCAGGAGUUUAUUUUGAGUUGCAGUGUAACGAACCCUUUCACAGUAGGACACCCAGAGGGACGUUUGCUUAGGUCUGAGUUAAUAUCUCCAGUAUCCAAACAGAUACAAAUAAUAUAGUUUUCGAAUGGACAGACAUUUACUAGUGAAUCCCGGUAAAGGUUGUUAUGUCAUAACAAAUAACCGAGAGGAUGGUUUGUAGACUGGUGGAAUUGGAUUUUAUCAACUGGUGUGAUUUAAAUUGAUCCUUUCUUAAUUACUGUCUCGUUACUCGAUAUAUUUUUAAUCAGGCGUCGAGAGGCCCUUUACACAAGGCUGCUGUCAGUGGAGAAUACAAGACAGUCAAAAUGCUUCUUGAAAGUGGUGAAGAUGUGGAUCAAAGAGAUCAGGUUUUAGUCUUCUCCAGUUUAUGUAAAUUUUGUGCGAAGCCUCAAGCCCGACUUCUCGCUUUCGCUUGGCUUGGGGAUUCUUACUUUCUUUAAUUAAAGAAUAAGAUAAUGAAAUUAAAUCUUGCGCUAAUGUUUCCUUAAAGACUAGUUUUCUCUAGCGAUCGAAUCGGAGUUGUAAUCAGAAUAGAACUUUACGGUCUAGUGAAAUCACCGUUCUGAUUCCGUUUACGACUCCGUCACUUACGAUCAAGUGAAAACUAGGUCGUCGGAGUCGCAAGCAGAAGCAGAAGAACUAAGCCAAUCACAAAGCGUGGGAACGUCAUAGUGAUAGGUUUACCCUUCCACUUCUGCUUCAGACUCCUACAUCUGGUUUUCACUUUAUCAUAAGCGACGGAGUUUUUGGCGGAAUCGGAAGAAAAUGGAAACUUUCUGAUUCUUCCGACUCCGAUUCCGUCGCUCUUGAGACUUCGCUUACGAUUCCGACUCCGACUCCGUCGCUAGUGAAAACCAGCCUUAAAUAGUGAUUUAUCCGGUGGAUAACGGUAUCCACCGUUUCGACAACUGGGCCCAGGACUACUGUUACUCGGGUGAUCGUUAACUGUGAAGUCAUAGAGGAAAUGUUGCUAGAACCAACUACGUGCUCAACAUGAAGUGUCUAAGGCUAAAGACUGUAGAGAAUUUAUUUAGUUGUCUGUUUUGCUUGUUGUUGUUGUUGUCGUUGUUGGUUUUAUUCUUUCUUACGAUGGUAACCUGAGGAUGUUCUGGACGGUAUUCAGGUCUCUGAUAUAUAAUAAAAGAAUUGGUCUAGACUACCAAUUUCUGCUAGAAAGUGACCUACAAACAUUGCAUUUGGGCUCAGUUAGAGUGUUCCACUUGGUUUGUUUCAGAUAAACUAAAGUAAAGGAUAAAGGAUAAAGUAAAGACGUUUUGGCUUUAUUCUUAGCUUGGUCGUAAAAAUUAGUCCAAUAACAGCCUCUAAGGUUAUUUUGCAAGGCCAUCUUUAUAAACGGAACUAGCUGGCUUCUCAGCGUACACGUUAUCUAACUGCGUUGUAUUUUUCUAUUUUCGGUAGUUUUUUCUGACCCCUCUUCAUCUUGCCUGUUGGUACGGACAGGAGUCUGUUGUUAAACUUUUGUUGAAACAUGGUGCAAACGUCAACGCUGAAGACAGGGUGAGUUUUGCAAGCGUUUUAUACAUUGUAAGUUAAACAAUAUAUUGCCAGGAGACCGUGAACGUCUACAGUCAACGUAGUUUACUACAACUAGUUGACAACCAAGGGACUGUUACUUUUGUGAAUAUCUUAUUAUGCAGUUCCUUCAGGGAUUUUCAGAGAUCUUUUUGCAACAAUGCUCAGGGUUCCUUUGCCAGACUGCUUUUGGUGCAGUUUGCAGGUAAUGAACAGAAGCAAUGAGCUAUGAAUAUCCCCUGUUAGUUUAUGUGUAAUGCAUAAUGGCCUGGGACCAGGCUCUGAAGUGGUGGGGGAGCGAAGAAAAUCGGCGAGCGAAGCGAGCGAGAGAGUCUGGGGAGGGAUAAAGAUGAAGGAGUUCGGCCGCCUUCCCCCCUCCCCAGUCCACCACUCGGCUCGCUUGGCUUGCCGAUUUUUUGCUGUUUCAUCCCGUUUUUGCUUAUUCCUUCCACUACGGAGCCUGGUCCCAACUGAGCUAAUGUUAUAUAAUGGUUUUACAAUAAAGAUCAAUUUAGAAGUACAGGAGACUCAAAAAUGGAAGGUGUAGCUGCAAAAAGACAUGGUUCCAGCCACCUUAAUGCAAUUUUCUUUAUGGUGGUAGCUACCUUAUGUAGACAUACCUUCAAUGACCCAAUAAACGCCCGGGGCGUCUAUUUAAUUUGAGGAGUCCAAGCGGGGACGUUUAAUAGAUAGGAGGCGUUUAAAAAAGGGAGCCGUUUAUUCUCAUAACGGUAACAAGCUCAACACAACUAGUAUGCUUUGAGCGAAAAUAUCAAGAAUUUAAAAAUAGCGGAAUAUCCACUCCAUCAUUGAAUUGAUACGUUUGGGCCGUCUAGGGAUUUUAUAUCUCUGUUUCAAAUCGCACCUAUUGAUAUCUAUCAAUUGAUCAUUCUAGGCCGUGUAGAGAUCCAUAUCGCUCUUUCAAAUCCGGCCAACAUCGAUGUCAGAAUCCUCCCUCAGGGUUAUUGUGUUGUCAUCCUUAGUCUAUCCUUACUUCUAACUUGACUUUGAACAAGAUGAAAUACGCAGAGCCUCGUUAAUCAAGAAAGAAACAAAAUAUUUAGAAUGAUUUUAAACUUUCUUGCUAAUUCCUAGUAUUUGGAGUCAUUCUCAUAGAGGGCAUCUAUUAAACAGGGGGUGUUUAUUACAGAGGAGAGUAUAAUACAAAUUUAACAGCACGGAGGAGGCGUUUAUUAGAUAAGAGGCCCUUAUUUGGAAAUGGGCGUUUAUUACGUCAUUAACGGUACCGGUAGUUAGAAUAUUCUCCUUGGUAAAUAGCAAGUGGUAAGUAAUACGUAUUACCCUACUUUUGAUGUUUUUAGUUUCAACGUACACCUCUGCAAAAAGCUGAAAGUCAAAACCACCCCUCCAUAGUGCAGUUGCUGCUGAAGAAUGAUGCCAGACUAAGUCUUCAUCAACCAGUAAGAUAUCAGAUUGUAUUUACUUCUUGCCAACCUGGUUUUUCAGAUGAAAUUCGCUUACAUUUGUUGUAUUCUUUGUUGAUAAUGUGGAACGUUACUGUAGGACCUAAAACGCCAAUCUGGAGAUCACGAUACAGUGAAAAUCCGGAGAUCACAGUAUAGUGAAUCUUUUAUUAAAAGGACACCAUAUUAAGCGGUUGAGUGGCUCAGUUUUUCUCAAACGUAUUUUAACUUCGAGCUUACCGUAAAACAAACCCAUUAAUAGUGGAAACCAGCAAAGGUCGCGUGUCUGUCCGGUUAAUACCGGUUUCAUCGUACAUUUUAUUUCUAAGUUGUUGAUGUCUAUGGUUCUGGCGUUUCGUUUAUACACGUAAGAUCUUUAAAUUGUUUUGGAGACGUUGGGGAAAUAUGACUACCCUAUUCGAUAGUCAGUUUCUUGUUGAGGCAUUUAACAAAAAAACGUUACUCGACGUUUCGAUGUAUCACCGUGAGAAAUGUUAAAUUUCAAACACUAUUGUUUGGAAAAUGCAUCUCAACUUUAACUAUUAGACUUAGUAAGUGAGUCAGUAAGUAACUUUGGUUAAUCAGGGUAGCCCGUUCAGCAACGAGGCUGGUAUCUAUAGGAGCCCUGACAAAUAAAAAAGUAUACUAUUUAAAAAUUCCUAAGGUAUAUCCAUGAUUAAAAUGAACACAUUGUAUUCAUUGUAAAAUAUUGCGUAAAAUACUUGGGUACUAGGUUAUUUAAACACUUAAAAGCUAGAAUGCAUCUAUGGAAGCAAGAUUUAACCAGUUUAGCACAAAGAAAGUUUCAUUUGAGGUGUUCUCCCGUAAUAUAAUUCGAGCUGCACGGUUCUAUAGGCGGUGUAACUCUUUGCAACACCCCUCUGAGAUUUCCCCCACGCAACAUCAGCAUAGUCAAAUAAUGGUUGCAAGAGUGAAGUGUAUACUUUUUAGAGGCUUCAAGCGUGAGGCAUGAUCGUAUACGAGACAAAAGCCCUAGCCUCCUACUGACUUUGCUGCUUACAUACUCGACGUGAUCUUUCCAAGAAAGGUUCUCAUCUAAAACAACACCUAAAUAGCUAAAUUUAGCUACUCUUUCUAAAGUCUUUCGGUAUAACUGUAUACAAACAUUUGGUGAUUUGGCAAGAUUCUUCCAACUUUCAAUCUGAUUGAUAUUGUCUUACUCUGAUUAGGGAUAAGCCUGCUACUUUCAAUCCAUUGUACAACUCGAUUUAAAUCAUCCUGUACUACCCUAGCUAUCUCCGAGGGGCAAAGAUUCGUAAAAUACAUAUAUGUUAAUCACCGGCUGGGAGGUCCGUAUUGGGAGGAACUGUUCCCGAGGUCGUGAGUACGGCCGAGGGCGGUACUCAGACCGAGGGCACAGUUUCUCCCAAUACGGACCGACUUAGGCCGGUGAAUAACAUUUUUAUUUUUUUUCGUACUGAGAUUUAAAAGUUUCAGGAAUAUUUGACUUCAGCCUCCAACCUAUUUGUGUUGAAGAAGGGCGCGUUCGUGUUGAUGUUCAAAGCGCGCCAUCGAUUGCAAACCAAAACAAAACAUUACAACAUGAUUUUUGAACUUGUAAUUUAUAUUAUCACAAUUAAGCUCUCUUUUAUAAUAAAGAAAGGUUUUUGUGUCUUGGUAGAUAAUUCUGAGUGUCAAACAAGGAUAAAGGAAUUGACGAACUUAAAAGCCACAGGAAAGAAAAUACAGCAAAGAUUUUCUUCGGUUGAAUAUUAACUUUAAGAUUAAAAUUCAAUAGAGCGGGAUAAAAACUGCACAAAGGCUUUAUAAAAAGAGCUAAUUAAACAUAUCAAUCUUUGGGUUUUGAAUUGAAUUCGAAUAAAAGAAGGGGUAACUAAACAAGUAUAUAAACAAAGAAAUGAAAACGGCGAUAACCGACUGCUGGAAAAGUUGUUCGUGUUGUUUAUUUACGGUUGAAAGCUAUAUGCAAUCGUUGACAACAACCUUUUCUGAAAAGUAGAAAACUAGCGAGGCAAAAUUCAAUGAAAAAUGGCAGAAUCUAGAAAAAAAAAAUGGAAAACAGACAGACAGCAAAAAUGGAAAACAAACCUACAAAGAGAGCAAAAAAGUAGAGUAAACGGUGCAUAAAAGCAAGAUUGCAGUACUUACAGCGUAGUUUGUAAAGCUAGUGAAGCGACAUCAAGAGCCACCUGUUUUGCUUUACUUUAGCGGUUUUCCUGGCUGACUUGCUUGAUUCUCCUUUCAGAUUUUUUGUUUUUUUGUCUGACAAAACAAAAUUCACUUUUCCCUAGCUAAUGCUAAUAAUAACGCAAGUUUUAAAAGAAAAAUGGUUAAAAAUCACAGGUUUUGCUCAUUCACAAACAACAAACAAACUUGUGAAUGAAGCGGCCAACGAUUCCGCCCGGGUUACCGGGCGGCAAGAUCGUAAAAAACCGCCAGCUGUCGGAACCAAUCAGAUUGCAGGAUUUGGAGGAUUCCGCCUGCUCGCAAGCUUAAAAAAAAUAAAUUACAGUAUCAUCUGCAUACAUAUUAAUAGAACAGUUUUCUAAACACUGGGGCAGGUCAUUAAUGUAUAAAACAAAAAGCAGAGGCCCCAAAAUUGAACCCUGGGACGCCAAAACGGAUUGCCCGUGUUGAGGACAUGUCGUUUCCAAAUUGCACUCUUUGAGUUUGUGUGGUAAGAUAGUUCCGGAACCAGUCCAGACUACUUCGUCUGACUCCGUAGUGUUCUAGCUUAAAAAGCAAACAUUCAUUCCAAAAGGUUGAGUUUGAUCGUCCGGGUGAACGUAGUCCUGAAUAGGACUGUUGUUGUUGACAGUGACUGACGUUUCGACAACCUGUGCGGUAGUCAUCUUCAGAGUCAAAGUGAGCUGUAUCACGUCAGUUGAUGGUAUUAUACUCUGGUUAUUGAUCUGAUUGGUCAAUUAUGUCGCGAUGUUAUUGGUCGUCUGUCAGUUAAGCAGUGAUGUUAUUGGCUAUGAAGACUCGUAAUCAACUCGUAACAACAGUCCUAUUCAGGACUACGUUCACCCGGACGGUCGAGUUUUUUGAAGUUAUCCGCUGACAAUUUACUCGUUUUCAAAUGAUCGCAGGCUCAGUUUUUUUAAUUCAUAUCAAAUAUGUUGUGUUUAUGUCACUAUCGCCCAGCACUAUUACGGUUUUGAUUUUAAACUGACCUCAGACGCAAAAAUUCAGCCAGUAUUUUUGAAAAACAAGCGAAGAAGACCUUUUCUUAACAUGGUCACGUGUUGGUCACGCUCCAUGUCCAAUUUUUAUGCUCUGAUUGGUUAAAAUCUGACAGGUGAGUUCAUGCGUAAAAUUUAUGCAGCAUAUCUUGAAGUUGUUUACUUUGACAGCUGAAGCUGACAGAGUUUUGAGUCAACUGAAAUACAGCUGCUAUCAUAGUCAGGUCUCUUAAGGUCAGGAUCGUUACAGAGUUGACAAAAGCACCAAACUUUGCACAGCGAUAGCUUAUUGCAGUACCAGGAAUAUUAGAGGGGGUGCCUAAUGCAAAUAUGCCACUGAAGCGUGCUAAACAGGAUUUAAUUAUUCUAAAUUUCACCUGCUGGGGUCCCUGUGGUGUUUUGAUUGAAAAUUGUUAUUUAAUACCUUAAAUCACUCAGAAUACUUUUCUCAUGUUGUAAACAACAAUUUCACUCGAACAUCUGGCAUUCGCAUCCAUUAUUAGUUUAUUGAUUGUAUAAUUAAGUUGAUUAUUACUUUGCCCCUAAAGCAAGUCCACAGUCCGUCCACAUUUUCAUAAGUCAUUUCUAAGAUGGCCUCGUCUUUGCUUCAUAACUUGCAAGUACUCAGCUUCUGGGGUUCUCUUCUUCUUUUCUAAUGUCUUUCAAUUAGAGCAGGCCUUAUUGUGUGGCUUAAGCCUUAUUUAUCAGGUAUUACUUGUUAUUACAUGUCACUUUAAGCUGAAGAAAGCGUAUGGCAUAGCGAUUCACACACAAAAUUUCAGAAAAAAGAAAUUGUCCAAGAGUCUGUUGUAUCACAUAUUAUCAGGGAUUUAUGACAGCUGUUCAUGAAGAGCAAAUAACGAAAUGACAGAACCCAAAAUAGUUCUUUCCUGAGGAGGUAAUUAAUUUAUCAGCUUAACAUAGGCCUGGAUGCCUAUCAGUCUCUCUUUAUCUGCUGGACGCACGUGCAUGUUUUGAGAGAGAAGCAAGCAUCAUGGCUCAAGUCAUAUCAUUUACAAUUCCCGCAGUUUGUCUAAGCUUUACAAAGCAAAAACAAACAAAAAAGAAUCUGGUCUCAUAAACGAAAAAAGAAACAAGUUAGCCCAAGCUUCAAAAAACAGCACAGUUUAUCAUGAAGCCUCUACAUUUGGCACUGAAGCACUCAUGUCCAAAAAUAAUAACAGCUUAUCAAGUCGUAAAAGUGAGACUCAAGUGGUACAAGAUUGACUCAAACUGCUGAAACUGUAGAAAGAGGGCCGGGCUAACUUUUACGGCCUGUUUACAUGGAGGAGGGGACCUCAGGCUGGCAAGGUAACCCACUUAGGUGGGGUAACCCGCCUGUCCAUAUAAUCUCUCAUUUUAAUUUGAUCACAUUUACAUGAUAGGUGGGGUGACCCUUCAAGGUGGGUAGCCUGGUCUGCUACACCGGCUAACCCUCUCAGCCGAGGUCAAAUUUUCCCAUGUCAACGUUUCAAGGUGUGGUAACCCAGGCUAGUCGGGGUCCGAUUCGCGCAAAAUUCACUUUGGCGCCGGGUGGCUUCACAUAAUUAUUAAAGGUAACAAUAGAAAGCCACAACACCGAAGGUUGCAGCAAGAGCAGCAACUGAGCGUAGACGUGGUUUGCCAGCAUUUCUCUUGUUUACGUGCUUAGCGACCAUUCAAUAAUCUUGAGAAAGUGCACCCCAGGAUGGCGGGGUUGUAAGAUUGCAUGUAUAGGAGGGUUAUUUUUUUACCCCACCUAAGCAGGUUACCUCACCUACCUGGGGUCCCCCACCUUUAUGUUAACAGGCCCUAAGUCUCAGGAACCGUGAAAAUGGUAAUAAACGGUAUACCUAACCCGGGAAUAGCUGUGAUACUACUUCCAUCUUCAAAAACGUCAGAAUGGCAGCCAAAGGAGCCAUUCAUCAGUGUAACACGAAUGUUAGAUUGCGGUUGUUUCAUGCGUCUCGUUUUGUGACUUUUUUGGGGUUCGUUUUUGUCACAUCUCUAAAUUUCAAUCAUGUUCAAAACACCCCUACUAACGAAAUAUUUCGUAAAGCUCUUUAGAAUGAUAUUCAGCAAUAAAAACAAGGUGUGACCAUGGCCAGGAGCCGAUUUCUAGGCUCCUAGUGUGGCAACAUAGGCAUAACUGAAUGCAAAGUUUUGCGGUAUGCAGUUUGUCAGAAAUCUGUUAAUUUGAGUGGGCAAAGUUGGGGCUGAUGGGCGUCUUUAUCACGACCACUCUAUUAUUAUAAGGGACCAGGCCAUAAUUAUUGUUGACCCUUGCUUUUUUUUGGUAUUUUCUGUAAUUUUCCACAACGUUAUUUUGUGAAAAGUUGGUAACUGAAUUGCUCUUGAGGAAUUCAUGAUUGUAAGAUUUUGUAACCACAGUGUAUUCGCCUAAUUGCAUCAAACAAAUUACAUUCAUUUUCGUAAAUGAUGCAUCAUUGGUUGGAGAAAAGAGGCCUUGUUCCUGUAACUUUUCUUCUGAAGUUAGUUUGUUCGUAAAUUGUAACGCACUCGUCGACCUUCCUUUUUUUGAAAGAUCGUAUAGACCUAACAUUAACACCCUGGUGCGAGGGCUCUGAAGUGAAUGAGCUCCUUACAGGUGUCUAGGCAUGCAGGGACCUCAUACCGCGACUUCUCUUUGAAUGCAAAUGUGUAAAAAAUAAAGAGUGUUAAAAAUUCCUCGAGAGGCAUGUCUCGUUCCAGGGCUUAAUAAAAAAGUAGAAAAAGGUAAAGCGACCAUAUUUUACAUCAAUAGCUCGUGACAGUAAUAAUAACUGAUAAACUUGAGGUCGACGGUGCGCUCCUUUUACCCCCUCUCUCCAUUAAUGCUCCGUUUUAAGGGUAUUUAAAGCUGAGUCAAAGCUACACAGAAAGGAGAGAAGUUGAAAUAAGGAUGUGUUGACACCGGGGAUCGAACUUGGGACCUCGCGCACCGAAGGCUGUGCACUAACCAACUGUGCCACCCUUGCUCCUCCUUUUCCCCCUGAGGACGAGGUUGACAUCAAUCAUUAAUCAUUAUCUCAAGGACAGGGUUACCAACGAAGCAAAUUAUAAUCUAAUCUUAGCUGCACAAUUACAAAGUGGGCGCGUUGUCAGUUAUGGUUCAUGAGGUCGUUCAUUUGGCAUGUCAAUUUAACGAUUCUAUCGUUUAGGAUGUGACACAUUUGGGUUUUAUGUUAUUGUAUGACAUCUUUGAAAGAUGGCUUUGUGAUCUGUUUAAAUUGAUAUGUAAUGAUAUUAUCACUGGCAAAUCUUAGCAGUGACACUGACAGCCGCACAGUGAACAUGGUCACACUUACCGUGUGGAGACUGGGGACUAGUCAGUAUUAUGUACAUGUAAAACUAUUUUGAAUAGUGUAACAGCAACUAAGCAUUACCAAAUUAAAAACUUCAAAGUUUGAAACAAAUGUUUUUUGGCCAAAUCAAACGAGAAGAGUACUCACCACAGGGGACCCAAUCUGUUAUUAUAGGUGAAAGUUAAUCCCCCCUUUUAUCUUUAAUUAGGACCAUUUGUAACGGGCACCCCCUCCAGUAUUAUUCGGCAGGUGCUAAGGAAGCUCUGUGCCAAAUUUGACACUUUUGUCACUUCUGUAACGAUCCGGCCUAUAUUUUGCACUAAGAGACCUGACUAUCAAGAGUCUUCUCUUAUUCAUGGCUGGUUUGUUUAUUGGGUUUUUGGUUGAGAAAUGAGUCGCUUGUAAAAGCCGAUUAUCCGAUUUCCGAUGGCAUCGUUUUUGUUUUUCACCUUGCUGGAUGCGUACGAGAAUUAUAAAGGCUCAAGCGAUCCUUGCCUUACUUGAUAGCUUUCAGGAGCUGCAUCUCGAAAUAUGGUAAGCCUGAGUAAUUGUUGUAGUUAUAUCUAAUUUCAUGAAGUCCAGAGCAGUUUAUGAAGCUAGUUUAUUCACGUUUGUAUUAAGAUUUGACUGCGACACUGAUCUGACCUAGUAUGAGGUUUGAUUAUAAGUUUACAGAACUUCAAAAAGCCUUUGGUCGACAUGAAUUCACCGUAAAUAGAAAGAAAAAACUUUCCGAAGAAUAUUUAGUGUUAAUUGGCUGUAGAAAGAAAGCUUUGAGCUAUUUUCUUGUCGCGAGUUCAUCUUUGAAAACAGCAAACACCGGGAAACCGCCCGCUUAAAACAUUAUAAACUUAAUCUUUAAGCUUAUAAAAGACUUGAGGAUUCUUAGAGACACCUAAAUACUCAUUUGUUUUCGUGAAUGAAAAUUGUUGUCUCUGUAAAUGUUCUACCGAAUUAUAUUUCUUUAUUGAUUGUUGGUAGUCUCAAAAGUGCAAUUUUCAUCGCUUUUGCGUUUGUUUUCAGCUGUUCAUAAACAUUGCUUGCAGGAGUACUCAAAAUGCCGAGCGUAUCAAACGCUUUUGAAGAUUACACAUCGUUAUAAAACCAUUAGUAAAAAAUAGAACUCAAUAAAUUCUCUAUCACGUUGAAGCGUAACUCUUUUAAAAUGUCUUCGCAAAUUUGGCGCUUUUCAAAAGUUAGAACCGGCUGGCCGUAUAGGUGAUUUUGGAAAUAUAAUUUUUUGAACUGUUUCACUAAAAGUCCACGCGUGCGUCGAUGGUCCUGAAUAUUGAAUGAAUGCAAUUUGUCUUGAAAAAUUGUGAAAUACUGCAUUUUGUAGAGGUCUGUAUGAUAAAAACAGCGCCUCAUAGUACUCUUUCUCCUCAGAUGCGGUGUAUAAAAAAAAUUACCAAAAGGUUGGUUUGCACGCACCCAGAUUUAUUGGCAAAAAUUUGUAAAGUAAACUUGUCGAAUACUGUGAUCAAGAGCCAUUAUUUCUCUUAAAUGUGACCGAAGACUAUUUUUUUGGGUGUACGUAUUUAACAAUUAUUCUUUGAAAUCGAGGUGAAUAGUGGCAAAAUAUUUACCGAGCCACGAAGUGGCGAGGUAAAUAUUCCUAAAGCCACUAUUCACCGAGAUUGAAAAGAAUAAUUGUCUUAGUAUAUACGCACGAAGCAAGGGAGAAAUAGAUCAUUCUCUCUUGACACGAAGUGAUCUCAACAAAAUCGGAGAGGAAACCAUUAAAAAGUACGAUUUGAUUGACAGAUCAGGUCAGCUAGACACGCGACAGUUUAAAAAUAGAUCUUUGUACAAUUUUCAAACAUGGCAAUUCACAAGCUUAUCACUUCGCAAACAACAGCGUAAUGACUUAAAUGGAACCGCUAAAAGUUUGAAUUGUUUCCUUACCUGAGAAGAAAAGAAGAACUUUGUUGUUUUCUGUCGACUCGCCAAGUUUAUAGCCAAAAGGGUUUGUUGUGUCGUUCUUCGCAUAAAGUGCUGACAAAAAUGGCGAUUCCGUUCCUUGAGGUAAGACGUCGUGUCGUCUUCAUGCAGCAUUCUUUCUCGUGUUUACUUGAAACGUAGAAUUUCUGCAAACAUUUGCUUUCAAAUUUGUUUGUCAUAAAUAAACUUCGUCUUUGGGCCAAAUUUUUCUUGUUAGGAAACGCUGAGUUCACGAAACGGCCUCUUCUAGGCGAACAAACGGGAGUUGUAAACAAUCCAUCGACCACAAAACUCAACAACAGUAAAUGAAAAAACGCCGUUUUGAAUCCUUUGAAGUCUUUUCUUGCCUGAAAAAAAGUCAACCCUAGGAUUUUGUCGACUUUUAAAAGAUCUUUCUCUAAGAAAAUGGGAAAAAACCGAGCUCACACAUUAUCCACUCGCUGGGAGGUGAAUAUUGUUGAAUAGUCCGAGAUAGCGAACCAAUCAGAUUGCUUAAAUCAGAAAGAUCACUGAGUGUGUAUAUACGAAAGGGCUAUAUCAACUCUAUGCAAGAUUUGUUUCACUCCAAAAUCACUUACCUUUUCCCACAAAAGUCACAUGAAUGUGCCCUUCAGUUAACUGAUUUGUGGAAUACAAGUUUAUUGUUUGAUUUAAAUUAUAAAUUUAUCAAUGGGAGCCUCGCUUUUAGCCGUGGCUAAAUCUAUGAAUUAGUUGUUUAGAGCUACACUUUUGUAUACAAGUUCGACGUUAAAAAUAGUCAUCAACAUAAACCGUCUCCUGACAUGAAUUUGGUGUAAAGCGGAUGUUCCAUUUUGGUGCAUCUACGCAGUAACAUUUCUUUAAUGAAAGUAUGUUUAAUUAGAAUUUUUGAUAGGUGACAAAGCCUUGUUUGAGUUGCGCACUUUGUUCAGUUUAACAUUUUUGACCUCUGUUUAGCCCUCUGUCCAUAUUUUCCAGGCAAUGACUACCUAACUCGUUUUUAACCAUUUUUGGCCUGUUUUCAUGACUUUUCACCCCGAAUUCACGUUAGUGGAUAAUUUUAAUUAGACUUAAGUGAUUUUACAGGUGUUUUUGUAAAUUCUGCUUUGCACUGUGGACUGCAUAUUUAAUUUGCGCUUUGAAUUUUUCGAUCACGUCCGGAGUUAAUUUAUUGAAAUUUUUUAGCCAAUCAGUUUCGAUGAAGAAGCUUAGCACCCUCUGCAAAUGGGUACCAGCCUAGGAGUUUUAAACUGUAAAUUUUUUUCCCCUUCUGUUAUUAUCAAAACCUUGUAUACAAGCAGUUAAAUUGUAAUUUUUUAUAUUAGUCACCUCGUUUUGCAUCGACACAACCCAAGCUUCAUGGCGAAAAUUCAGGUUAAAAGAUCACUUCGGCGAAGCAAUUAUCUGGAAGGUUCAAUGCAAAUGAGUUUUCUUUAACCAAUCACGGAAGAGUUGCGUAAGCAUUAAUUUGAGUUAGGAGGAUGUGUUGCUGGUCAGUAUAAAAUCCGGGAGUGACAACAAUAUUUGGAGAGUGCGUUCCUGAUACUGCAAUGUGAAGUUGCACGAAGAUUGUUGAAGAUUAAAGCAAGUUUAAAGAAAGAAAGUAACGACUCGUUUGUUGAAGAAGAACCAGCUAGUUCUCCAUAAAAGGUUCUUCCAACAUUACAAGCAAAUCCGUGCCCCCACCCACUGUAUUAAAGUUACUGUGAGGACAGUUAUAUCUGCCCACCUCCAGUGGAUUUUUUGCUGUGUCGCAGGAUUUGCAAAAAGUUAAAAAUGUAUUACACUGUACAGAGCCUGGGAUGAGCUUUUCAAUGUAAUCUCGAUAUUAUUGGAUGUGGCUUCCAGUCAGUGGCGUCAUUCAAAAUACCUCCACAUUGAUAGCCGCCAUCAAAAUUCUGAAACUUCCCCAAAUGGAGCAAAAAUUAACUGAGACGUUUUUCCUCUACGACAUUUUAUUUGAAAUUUGCCGACGCUGUCGUCUUCAAAAUGUUGUCCCGCUGAUCAAGUUAGCUUAGGAAACAAUAAACACGUCGUAAACAUUGGUUGAGAGAGAGGAGGAAGGGUCCGGAAUGUCUUGGUUUCAAAACUCUACCCCAUCUGACAGCUUAACAAUUCUCACAUCAGUUUUGUUGUCAGUUCGAGCCAUUUUCAUGCUUUUCACGACAAAUGCACCAAAGAAUGAACACCAGAGAGGUUUUAGAUAUGUUCAUUUUCUUAGGAUCAAUCGCAUUAUAGAUAAAGAAAAGUCAGCGAGCCGCAAAACCGCAAAUUAAUAACGGUUGCAACUUCCAGAACAAGUUUCCCACAUUUCGUUGGUCUCUUCCCUCGACGCAUGACAUUGCAGAAGUAAUUUUGGAGUUCAUAGUUUUCUGAGAAUAAUAAUCACAAUAAAAAUAAUUAAAAUUUGUAACGCCCUGGUUCCAUACAGAUUUUCUGAAUUUAAUAGUUAUUGUUUAAAAAAUUGUGCGAAAAACUCACUUUUCUGCUUUUCAAUGGCCUGCCCUUUUGUCACUGAUGAGGCCAUGUACUGUAACCAUAAUAACCAAACACCGUCCCACUUUGUAUAAAAUGUGUAUAUUUGCAGUAUUGGAACCCCCAUAAUGUAUUAUCUGCAAUAAUUAGCAAUUAAUGAAUGAGGCUGAGUAGGAUAUGACGAAUUAAGCAGAUCGAGACACCCUCCGAGAUCUGCGUAAUUCUUCAUAUCCUACGAAAGCCGAAUUCAUUAAUUGCUUUAUUCUUCAUUCAAAAUAAUUCCUAGUUUAAAACAUAGCUGAAACAUGUUUACCUGCAUCGAUGUUAAAUUCAUCUUCGAUAGUGUACGUUUAGUUUCUCCAAUUAACUCAACCUCGUCCCCAGGUCUUCUCGGUAACGGUGCCUUAACCUGCAGCGGGCUGCAUUUUUGACGUCAUUUCCUCGUUAAACACAAAAUUCUCCCAAAUUUGGUCAUCAGCAACUGGUUAUGGUGAAUUAUGCGUGUGCUUUUAGCCAAUCACAAUUGGGGAAAUGUUUUGAAUGAAUAAUAAGAAUAGUUGGAAAGUAAUGCCAAAUGAAUUCCCUCUUGAUUAUUUUCGCUCAUAAACAUGAUCAUUUCCAUUUUAUAGGUCAGUCUAAAGAACCUCUCUAGGAAAGCUUUCUUGCAAGUGGAUGAAAAAUCUGGAUUUAAUCUACUCCAGGCGGCUGUCUUUGAAGAAAAAUACAACCUUGUUCUAGAAGCUAGUGGCCUUUUUGACAACUUUGUAGAAGAGAUGGAACUUACAAAAACGGGAAAAAACGCCAAAGAAUUUAUAGGAAAAACGGCAGUUGACUUCUUGUCACUUAGAAAGAGAACAAACCCAAUUCAUGUUGAUAUCGAAAGGAUUUAUGACAAAUUGGCCGAGCACAACAGCAGACUGACUGAGCUGCAGUGGGGUACAUGCGACGAUAAUGUGGAACAGGCAGUUGAACUUGUAUUGAAUAACGGAGUAGAUAUUAAUGCCUCAGGAUCAGACAAUGAUUGCACAGCCUUGCUGCAUGCCAGUCGGUCAUCCUCAAGUCAGGUUAUUGAGACCCUCAUUGAUCUUGGGGCCGACGUUAAUGCCCAAAGGAGAAAAAGCAAAGAAACACCACUAAUGUUAGCAGCUGACUGGAACAACUACAUGGCAGCAAGCUUAAUUCUAAGACAUGGAGCUGAUGUAAAUGUCCAUAUUAGUAAUGGGCUCACGCCACUGCACGUUUCAGUCAAUAAAAGUCACGAAAACCUUGUCAGAUUGUUACUUAAACACAACGCAAAUGUAGAUAUUCAAACUACUUAUGGAUAUACACCCCUUCGCCAGUCAUUCUUAAAAGGUAAGGAAAGCCUCUGUAGACUGUUAGUUGAACACAAAGCGGAUGUAAAUAUUCAAGAUAAAGAUGGAUAUACACCCUUGCACUGGUGUGCCUUCAGGGGUAACGAAAACCUCUGUAGAUUUUUACUUGAACGCAACGCGGAUGUAAAUAUUCAAGAUAAUCAUGGAUAUACACCCUUGCACUGGUGUUCCUUAAUGGGUAACGAAAACCUCUGUAGAUUGUUACUUGAACACAAUGCGGAUGUAAAUAUUCAAGAUAAUCAUGGAUAUACACCCUUGCACUGGUGUGCCCUCAGGGGUAACGAAAACCUCUGUAGAUUUUUACUUGAACACAACGCGGAUGUAAAUAUUCAAGAUAAUCAUGGAUAUACACCCUUGCACUGGUGUUCCUUAAUGGGUAACGAAAACCUCUGUAGAUUGUUACUUGAACACAAUGCGGAUGUAAAUAUUCAAGAUAAUCAUGGAUAUACACCCUUGCACUGGUGUGCCUUCAGGGGUAACGAAAACCUCUGUAGAUUUUUACUUGAACACAACGCGGAUGUAAAUAUUCAAGAUAAUCAUGGAUAUACACCCUUGCACUGGUACUCCUUAAUGGGUAACGAAAACCUCUGUAGAUUGUUACUUGAACACAAUGCGGAUGUAAAUAUUCAAGACAAUCAUGGAUAUUCACCCUUGCACUGGUGUACCUUCAAGGGUAACGAAAACCUCUGUAGAUUUUUACUUGAACACAACGUGGAUGUAAAUAUUCAAGAUAAUCAUGGAUAUUCAUCCUUGCACUGGUGUGCCUUCAGGGGUAACGAAAACCUCUGUAGAUUGUUACUUGAACACAAUGGGGAUGUAAAUAUUCAAGAUAAUCAUGGAUAUACAUUCUUACACUGGUGUUCCUUAAUGGGUAAGGAAGAGCUCUGUAGAUUGAUACUUGAACACAACGCUGGUGUAAAUAUUCAAGAUACAUGGGGAUAUACACCCUUGCACUGGUGUGCCAGAGAGGGUAACGAAAACCUCUGUAGACUGUUACUUGAGCAAAACGCGGAUGUAAAUAUUCAAGAUAAUCUUGGACAUACACCCUUGCACUUGGGUACCAUAGAGUGUAACGAAAACCUCUGUAUAUUGUUACUUGAACACGACGCGGAUGUAAAUAUUCAAGAUGAUGAUGGAUAUACACCCUUGCACUGGUUUGCCUUACAGGGGAAGGAAAACCUCAGUAGACUGUUACUUGAACACAACGCGGAUGUAAAUAUUCAAGAUAAUAAUGGAUAUACACCCUUGCACUUGUGUGCCUUAAUGGGGAACGCAAACGUCUGUAUAUUAUUACUUGAACACAACGCAAAUGUAAAUACUCAAGAUGAAGAUGGAUAUACACCUUUGCACUGGUGUGCCAGAGAGGACAACCAAAACCUCUGUAGAUUGUUACUUCAACAUAACACGGAUGUAAAUGCUCAAGAUGAGGACGGAUAUACACACUUGCACUGGUGUGCCGUAACGGGGAACGAAAACCUCUUUUGA